AAUUUGUAGGUGACAACAACAGAACAAUUAAAACAGCACAAGGUUGUAUCAAUGCUACAGCUGGAUCUUUCACCAAGAAUACCGCAAGCGGAGCAUAAUCAUGUCGUGUAUAUCUUAUCGACAUCUAAUUCAUCAGUAAUCAACAAACUAAUCACAUGCCUCAAACAUGCUCGAUCCGCUAAUGAUAAUCGCCAGCACCACGCCUUGAUAGUUCCAGAAGCUUCAUUCAUGAUUCGGGAGGCGUUAAAACAGAGCCGAGAAGCAAACUCAUUCUUGAAAACACUUGAAUCACUGCCGUUGAGACUCUUUCCGCUCUACAAUGAUUUCCUUACUCUUCUUAUGGAUAAUUUACCGUCAAAGCUUCUUUUAGAUAACGAUUGGACUGAAUUACAGAAGUGCGCUUCAGCCGUACGACAACUUGAACUUUUAAGUGGCUGUUUACCCAACUUAAGGUGCAAAGGGAAAUGGGCGGCGCAGGUAGUUGAAAUUAUAAAGAAAAUGAGGACUCAGGAGGAGACGGAGGUUUUAUCUCAGCAUAACGAUUUUCAAAUAUCUGAUAUUAUCUUAAUCGAUAGGUGGAUCGACCCUUUGACACCUCUUCUGAUACAGUUAACAUACGCUGGUUUGGUCGAUGAAAUAUUCGAUAUGGGUGUCACAGGUAACAUUAAGACAUCAAAAGUAAAGAGCGCAGGUGAUUCAGCCGAUCCUGCCGGGGAAAUACCCUUGCACGAUCCGCUUUUUAAAAUGAUUCGAGAUCUUCAUAUCAAGGAUGUUGGAAAACAAAUAGCGGAAACGCUUGGAACGCUUCGUGAUGAGCGGGCAAAAUUAAAAGAAAAUCCACCGAGUGAUUCUGUAGCGGAAAGCAAAGUUUUUGUUCGCAGAUUACUUGACAUGCAAGGAAGUGAGAGACAUGCCGACACUCAUACACUGGUUGCCGAACGUCUGAUGAGUUUUAUCCGCGAUGAUUUGCAAUUCUCAACCUUUCCGAAGUUGGCGAUUGGUAUUAUGCAAGGAGAAUAUGGUGACAGAGUUAUUCCGCAGGUUGAAGAUCUUAUUCUAGAAGCAUAUAAUCCUUUAAUUGUUUUGCGUUUCAUUGCACUUCAGUGUAUGGUUGCUGGUGGUUUCAAGAAUGCUACCAUUAGUGCGUAUGAACGACUUUUCAUCCAGAGCUAUGGUGGAUAUUAUAUGUCACUGUGGAUAAAACUGCAAAUAACGGGACUUUUGUGGGAAAGGAAUGGCAAAAUAAAAUGCGAAUAUGCUCCAUUUGAUUUCCAAACAACAUGUAACCGACUGUCAUGUUUUGUCGAUGAAGAGCACAAUGUAUGUGGAACGACAGCAUAUCCUUAUAGUGGUUACAUACCCGUUAUUGUUCGAUAUAUUGAAACGGGUAUACGAAACAGUUGGCGAGACUGGACAACGAUUCUGAGCGAUGAUCGUCCAGCAGUUGGUCGCAGCACUCAUUCCAUCAUUUUCAUUAUUGGUGGUAUCACGCAAGCUGAGUUAGCAUGUCUCAGGAAAACGCGUUUUUCAAACAAACUGUUGGUCGUUUCAAGUUCAGUAAUAACGAGUAAUAAGUUGAUUAGUUCAAUACAAAAUGGUUAGCCUUUUCAUUGGGUUACAAGUCUUUGUACAGAUACUGCCUCUUUUGUCGAAAAAUAAAAAGUUGUAUGGA